AUGGGAAAUUGCUGUGUGGUUCCUGUUGGUUCUUCAGAGAAGAGGAAAAAGGAAAAGAAAAAGAACAAACCCAAUCCAUUCUCAAUAGAUUACCAUGCAAAUCAUAGAUCUGGAGACAAGCUUGUUGUGUUAAAGGAUCCAACGGGCCGUGACAUUAACCAGAGUUAUGAUCUGGGUCGUGAGCUAGGUAGAGGUGAAUUUGGAAUCACAUAUUUGUGUACAGAUGUGGAUACAGGCGAGAAAUUUGCCUGCAAAUCAAUAUCGAAAAAGAAGCUUAGGACUGCUGUGGAUAUUGAGGACGUGAGGAGAGAGGUUGAGAUUAUGAGGCAUUUGCCUAAGCAUCCCAAUAUUGUCAGCUUGAAGGAUACAUAUGAGGAUGACAAUGCAGUUCACAUUGUCAUGGAAUUGUGUGAGGGUGGAGAAUUGUUCGAUCGGAUCGUGGCGAGGGGGCAUUAUACAGAGAGGGCGGCUGCAGCUGUCAUGAGGACAAUUGUGGAAGUUGUUCAGAUGUGUCACAGGCAUGGAGUGAUGCAUCGGGAUCUCAAACCAGAGAAUUUUCUUUUUGGAAACAAGAAGGAAACAGCACCCUUAAAGGCAAUCGAUUUUGGGUUGUCAGUUUUCUUUAAACCUGGACAGCGCUUUACGGAGAUAGUGGGAAGUCCUUAUUACAUGGCUCCAGAGGUCCUAAAACGUAAUUAUGGCCCAGAGGUUGAUGUCUGGAGUGCUGGAGUUAUCCUAUACAUUCUGCUUUGUGGUGUUCCACCUUUCUGGGCAGGUGUGCUUCUUUAA